GCUGGCUACAUAGGAGUUAGUUAAUGCUUAGUGAAAGUGACUCGGAGCAAUGGUUUGUUAAUAUUUACAGAAAGUAAUCCCAAAAUGCCUAUAAAAUGCUGGAUGUAACUUAGUAGUUGUCACUGACAAGGGAGUCACCAUAGGUCAUAAGAUGAGAGUGAUUCUGCAUUGUGGUGUGAUCGCUGCCCUUCUCCUGUCUGUGGCUUGGGCCACCCCACAGGGCGCUGAUGACCAUGAGGGCCACGACCACGGGCCCCACACAGCAGAUCACCACCACCACCUCCAUCAUGGUGAGGAUGAGUCUCAUCCGCAGCAUGAGGGCCAACAGAGCUACGCGCUCAGUAAACCCAAUGCUGACUUUACCUUUGCCCUCUACAAGAAACUGAGUGCCUUACCUGAGCCCCAGUCAAACAUCUUCUUCUCCCCACUGAGCAUAUCCAUGGCUCUGUCCAUGCUGGCUCUUGGGGUCAAGGGUGAUACCUUCUCUGAGCUCUAUCAGGCUCUUGGCUAUGCUGAAAUGACCCCUGAAACUGUCAAUGUGGCCUAUGAGCACAUCUUUCACAUGCUGGGCCAUGAAAAAGAAAACAUGCAGCUUGAUGUAAGCAGUGCUGUUGCACUUCGGUCAGGAGCCAGUGUCGUGGAUAAGUUCUUAGAGGACGCCAAACAUUAUUUUGAGAGCGAACCAUUCACUGUUGACUUCACCAAACGUGACGUGGCCAUUGAGGAGAUCAACAAAUACAUUGCUCAACAAACCAACAAUACAAUCACUGACAUGGUGAAGGAGGUGGAUUCAGACACGCUUAUGAUACUAAUUAACUGCAUUUACUUCAGGGGGGAAUGGCAAAAAAUGUUCAACACGAAACUAACAAAACAAGCAGACUUUCAUGUGGAUGAAAACACAAAAGUGUCUGUCGAUAUGAUGCAGAAUCAGGGUUUGUAUGAAUUCUAUGAGGACAAAGACAACUUCACCACUGUGCUCAGGCUUCCGUACAAGGGCAGUGCAUCUAUGAUCAUCGUCCUACCUGACGAGGGGAAGAUGAAGGAGGUUGAGGACAGCAUCAGCACCUCCCACUUCAAACACUGGAUUGACGCAAUGGAAGAAGGGCGUGUGAGCGUUCAUAUGCCAAAAUAUUCUGCUUCUGGAAAAUAUUCACUAAAGGACACCUUGACAGCGAUGGGUGUUGUCACUGCUUUCUUAGAUACUGCAGACUUUUCUGGAAUGACAACAGAACCAGUAAAGCUAUCAAAGGUGGAACAUCAAGCAGUCCUCCGUGUCGACGAGAAAGGCGCAGAGGCAGCCGCAGUCACCACUGUGGAGAUUGUAUUGAGAGGAAUACCUCGACCUCAGAAAAUGAAGCUAAUUGAAAUCAACAGGCCUUUCUUUGUGUUCAUCACAGACAGAAGCACCAAAAGUAUUCUCUUCAUGGGCAAGAUCUCAAACCCAGCUGCAAAGUGAAUGUAACAUGUGAAAGUACCGUGCGAUCUCAAAGAAGGUCAUGUCGAAUGUCAAAUUUACGAUAAAUGUCAUAAAUAUUUUGGGGGUCAUUCAAUAAAUAUUUCAUACUUACAUA